UGCACAGUGGGACAUCUCCACCAGAGCUGGUCUACAUCAGUUCUGUAUCCUACUUUAGAGGUUUGCUGCCAUUUGACAGGGACUACUAGGACGAAUGGCCUUUAUAGAAACAAUGUAGGAGACAUUUCCAACGAAUUGUUAGCGUGCUAGUGUUUGCGGUGAUUUCAACUUAUUUUGUGUAUAUUAUGGAGUGUGGCAUCAGUGCGGAUCAUAUGUGCUGCUGCUGAUCUAGACAUCCACACUCACAAACAGCGCAAGCUCCAUCUACACUGAUCCUCUACAGACCUCAGAGAUACAAAACAUGGGCGAACAUCUCAUCUCCCUUUGGGCUCUACUGGCUCUUAUCUACUUCAAGCCAGCCGUUUCAUUUAAUCUGGACAUUAGCAAACCCUCCGUUUUCUCUGGACCUCCGGGAAGUUAUUUUGGAUUUUCUGUGGCUUUCUUCAACCCUGACAACAAACAAUUAAAUAUACUGGUGGGUGCUCCCAGAGCCAACACUUCAGAUCAAACUCCCUCAGAAGUCACAGAGAGGGGGGCUGUCUUCAGCUGUCCUUGGCAAAAAAGUGGCACAUGCACACAGAUUGAGUUUGACAGCUCUGAAAACAGGAAAAGUUCCACUGGACAACAAAUGGAGUUUAAGUCAAAUCAGUGGUUUGGGGCUACAGUGCGUUCCUCUGGGGACAAUAUACUGGCAUGUGCUCCUCUCUACCAGUGGAGUACAAAUGCAUUCUCAGAGAGAGAGCCUGUUGGAACUUGUUACCUGAAGAAGGGCAAUAACAUUGUGGAAUAUUCACCCUGCCGCUCUAAAUCAAACUCACCUGAGGGACAAGGCUUUUGUCAAGCAGGUUUCAGUGCUGACUUUGUGAAGAAUCGGGUUGUUAUUGGAGGACCAGGGAGCUUUUAUUGGCAAGGCCAGCUGAUCUCAGAUGACAUCACUGAGGUCAUCAGCAGAUACAAUAGAGAGUUUUUUACUCCUUACAGUAACCAGUUAUCAACCAAAUCAGCUGGGGCGCAGUAUGAUGACAGUUAUUUGGGUUACUCAGUGGCUGUUGGUGAUUUUAAUGAUGACGGUGAAGAUGAUUACGUCACAGGAGUUCCUAGAGGGGAAAAGGCUCUCGGUUAUGUCAACAUUUUCAAUGGGAAGAACAUGGAGUCUAUGUAUAAUUUCACAGGCACACAGUGUUGCAGACACAUAAGUGUGGAGGCAGAGAGAGAAAGAGGAAGAGGAAGGGAGGAAAAGAUGGCUGCUUACUUUGGUCAUUCUGUAGCUGCUGUUGACAUCAAUAAUGAUAGGAUGAUGGAUCUGUUGAUUGGGGCUCCUCUGUUCAUGGACCGUGGCUCAGAUGGGAAACUGAGGGAGGUCGGUCAAGUGUAUGUCUACCUUGGCAAAGGUGGCUUCACUUUCAACAGUGUCAUCAAACUCACUGGCACUGAGAUCUAUGCUCGAUAUGGAAGCUCCAUCUGCAGUGUAGGAGACCUUAACAUGGAUGGGUAUAAUGAUGUGGCCAUUGCUGCACCAUAUGGAGGGCAGUUCCACCGCGGUCUGGUGUACAUCCAUAACGGGCGUCCCACAGGGCCAAAUCCUAUGGCCUCUCAAGUUCUGGAGGGGACGUGGGCAUCUGCUUCCAUGCCUUCUAGUUUUGGGUACACCAUGCAUGGAGGCACUGAUGUUGAUCAGAAUGGAUACCCUGACCUGAUUGUUGGGGUGUUUGGAGCUGACAAAGCUGUUCUGUACAGGGCUCGUCCGGUCAUCAGUGUGAACACCACACUGGAUAUUAGCCCACAGAUCCUGAACCCUGAGGACAAGAGCUGCACCCUGCCUGGAACAACCACCACAGUGUCCUGCUUCACUGUGAAAUACUGUGUGAAGGCAAGUGGCAAGGGAGCCCCAUCCUCUCUUCAAUUCCAGGUGGAUCUGACACUGGACCGCCUCAAACACAAGGGAGCCAUCAAACGAGUGCUGUUCCUCCACAACAAGUUGUCUCAUUAUUCAAAGAACAUGUCUGUCUCUUACGGCCAGGGACAAACCUGUGAGGAGCUUAAGGCCUAUUUAAUAGAUGACUCAGAAUUCAGGGAUAAGAUCACACCCAUCGCAGUCUUUAUGGAGUACAGCUUGGAUUACAAAACAGCAGCAGAUAAGACCGGCCUGUUGCCCAUCCUUGACCAAUCCACCCCUACAAAUAUCACUAAGCAGGCCCACUUACUCCUGGAUUGUGGUGAUGACAAUAUUUGCAAGCCAGACUUAAAACUGUCUGUUGUGAGUGACCAGAAACAGAUCUACAUAGGUGAUGAUAACCCCCUGACCCUAGAGGUCACAGCAGAGAAUGGAGGAGAGGGUGCAUAUGAGGCUGACCUGAUCGUCACUUUACCAUCUCAGGCAGAUUUUAUUGGGGUGGUGCGGAACAGUGAGACACUGUCUAGACUGUCCUGUGCCUUCAAGAAAGAGAAUCAGACUAGAUUGGUGGUGUGUGAUCUUGGGAACCCAAUGAAAGGAGGCACUAAGAUAAUUGCAGGAUUGCGCUUCAGCGUGCAUCAGCUCUCUGAACAGGACACAGAAGUCAAGUUUGACCUGCAGAUACAAAGCUCAAAUCAGUUCAAUAAAACCAGCAAUCUGGUCUCCGUCACCACAAAGCUUGCUGUGCAGGCCAGAGUGGAACUACGAGGGGUGUCUGCUCCAGAGCAGGUGUUUUUACCCAUCGCUAACUGGCAGCCAAAAGAGAGCCCUGUUCUGGAGGAUGAUAUUGGACCUCUUGUUCAGCACAUCUAUGAGCUACGGAAUAGAGGACCCAGCACAUUCAGUAAGGCCAUUUUGGAUGUUCAGUGGCCCUACAGAUUCAACAACGGCUCUCUGCUCUACAUCACCAAGUUUGAAGUGGACGGAAACAUGAACUGCAGCUCAAACAGGGAGAUCAACCCUUAUAAUGUCACUAAUCCCAGAUUACCUGACAAGAAUGAGACUUCUGCCAGUGGAGACAGGGCAGAGGGAAGGAUCAGACACAAUGUCCACCGCAGAGACGUGGAGGACAAACAAGGGGAGGAGAACUUGGAGAUUCUGGAUUGCGGGACUGCAGAGUGUCAGGAGAUUAAGUGUUGGGUUGGACGUCUGGAGAAAGGCCAGAGUGCCAUUCUAUUUAUUUACUCCAGACUUGCUGUGAGCACAUUUCUCAAGGCUGAGAAUCAAAACAAAUCAUACAUUGUUCGAUCCUCUGCCUCCUUCAGUGUCAUAGAAAUGCCUUAUAAAAUAUUGAAAUCCGAAUUCCCAACCAACAAAACAUCAGCUUCUCUGAAGGUGAUCUGGGUGAAUUCAGAGCUCACUCAACCUGUUCCUGGUUGGGUGGUGGCUUUGGCAGUACUGGCUGGACUACUGCUCCUGGCUCUGCUCAUAUUCGUUAUGUAUAAGCUGGGCUUCUUUAAACGUGUGCGGCCGCCCCAAGAUGAUAGCACAGAAAAAGAGCAGCUACAGCCUCCAGAGAAUGGAGACAGAAACACAGAAGCCUAAGAUCUUCAUCUUCACCAGUAUAUCACAGUGUCAACACAAUAAUGCUACAUAUGCAGAAGUAUGCCAAACUCACAGGCUAGGAGCUCUCAUGCACUGAUGCUGAUGAGAAUGCAAUACAUCCAUUAGAACACUUUCACCUUGGCCACUCACUACCUUAAAUCUGUGGACAUGUCGUUGGAAUAUGGUACACAUAGCUGUGGUGGUUUUGAUGUUUUGAUGUUGUGUUAAUAAGACUAAAGCCCUAUGCCAAUCCCUUUUCUUCUGUUCCUCUUCUGCACUGAGAUUUGAUUUCAACAGUGGGACAUAGAGAUUAAUACAUUUAAAAUCUUUGUUUACAAAUAACAAGAAUAUAAUGAUAAUAAUAAUAAUAAUAAUGGUAAUGAACUUUUCAUAUGAUCACAUUUCAUUUUGAGGAAAGAUAUGUAAUAGUUUGGUACAUUGUUAGAUUGCUGGUUCUCGUUCUUCUGUGGGAAAACUUUGUUUUUUUAUUAUUUAGUGCAAAAGUUUCUGCUAUUGGGGGCAUCUGCAGGACUCUGGGGUUUCAGUUCUUUCCUGUUUUCUUUGCAGUUGUUUUACUUUUUUCCUGCAGUUGGGAUUAUGACUCUGAUUUACUAUUUGGGCUGAAGGUGUGUUAUUUUGAGAAACUGUUUAUAUGUUUGUCAACUGUUAACAUUAUUUAAAAGCAGGGGCUUUGUUUAGUUGAAUUUGUAUAAUAAAAAAGAGAAAUCAACAUUUUUGCACAACAGAGCAAUAAAACAGUAGCAUUUUUAUAUUGUGAUAAAACUCAAACCACACCUUAUGGACAGGGCACCUUUACAAUAUGUUAAUUCACCUUUAUUUUUAAUAUUCCUUUUAGUCACAAUCCUAAUCUAAGCAAAAAAAAAAAAAAAAAAAAAAAAAAAGUCCUACCUUGUUCUUAAAUAUAUAUUUUUACCCAAAUACUUGUCAGUUAGUAAUACAAAUUCUAAUGCUGCCAUUCUAUGGUGAAUUUAAUGUGAUUUUGAAAAAAUGUGCUGUAAUAUUAAUUGAUCAGGAAUGAACAAAAUAGUUUGAUAAUGUGGGGAAUAAAAUGUGCCAGUGCAUAAUUUUUUAUUUUACAAAUCUGGUAUAGUGAAGUUGGAAUCCUUGGGAACAAUAUUGCAAUUUUUCUUUUUUGCUGUUUUUUUAUUUACAAAAUAUAUUUUUUGACUUAUGUUUAUUUGAUUAUCUGGUUUAAAGGUUGCUAUUCAUAGUUAUUGCUCUUAAUUUUGACUGCAAAUAUAUUACAAUAUACAACCCACCAUACUGAAAACAUAACCUGGAUUCCUUAUUUUGCUGUAUUAUAUAUAGUAAUGCUGCUCCCCAUAUGAAUUUACCCAUAUUGGGUUGCCACAAGUAUGUUGUCUAAAUGAAAAUUUGUAUACAUUUAUAAUUCAAUCAAAAUCAUGCUUUUUACACAGAUCUUUGUUUUUAGUUUUUCCGAGAAACAAUAUUGUUUGUAAAAAAAAGUUUGUAAAAAUAGAACAUAGUCAUAGUUCCAAAAAUAUGUAUUUUAGAGAAUCAAGCAUUUGUUGAAAAAAAACAAAACAAAAAAAAAACAAUUAAAACUCCCUCUUUAUUUUUGCCUAGUUCCAUUUUCCUUGAUUUAACAAUGAGUUGUUAAUGCUUCCAUAAUUCAAAUAAACAGAUAUACUGAUGUAGUACAA